AAUUGAUUUGAAACAAUUCAAAUUGUCUUGCGCGAGUUUUUGGCGAUGCCCCCCGCUCAUCCGGGGUGUAGCGACCACGUGGUGUCAGCGCGGAGGGGGGUGUGUGAUCGAACUUGGCUGGCUGGGAAAAAUGGUUCAACCUACCCAGGCAUAACUCUGCGCCACCUAACGCGUGUGCGGUAUAAAAGCAAACGGUCGGCAGAUUGUCGUCUCAUUACGCCAGCUGUGGUGUAACAUCCCGGAUCGUGGCUAGUGGGUUCCUUUCGGAGUUAGUGUCGCCAGCAGUGGUAGCAGCAGCAGCAGCCGGCAGGACAUACCUCUCAACCUCUUCUUCUAUCAAACCACCGCUAAACCGAAAUUUUUCGCCGUAGUUUGUGUCAUUGUGCUGAGUGCCGGAAAGUGUCGGAAGUUCCCAGGGAGAGGGCCGUUAAAAACAAAACCUUCGAGUAGUUUCCAACGUGUCUCUAAAGUGUCGCCUCGCAAAGUGAGCCAUACUUCGGCGCGAUAAUGUCCUACAUUGGCAACACAUCCGAUGUGGAGCAGGAGAAGAACCUGUCCGAAUACCGGCGGCAGCGCAGCUCCAGCAACCUGAUGCCGUCCGGCGCCAAGCAAACGGUCGGCAGCCCGAAAAUGUCGGACGUCCUGUGGAACGACAAGCGGGCGGCCAGCCGGGCCGUCAACGCGUCCGACGACGACGACUCGGAGGUGUCGGACAGCGAGAACUUCCUCGCCAAGGGCGCGUUCCUGCUGACGCCCUCGCACGAGCUCUCGAUGGACCGGGCCGCGCUGAUCUGCGAGAAGAUGAACUUCAAGGGCUGCUUCAGCCUGACGAAAACCGCCACCGGGAUACUGUUCAAGUUUUCCAACCCGGAGGACUACCAGGCGGUGUUCAAGAAGGGCUUCCAUAAGGUGACCGGCGCCCGGUUCUACAAAAAGAUUGCCAUCCCCUGCCGGCCGCAGAAAACGUUCAUGCUGUACGUAUUCGACGUGCCGGAGGACCUGCCGGAGGAAGACAUCCGGCACUCGCUGUACCGCUUCAACUCGGUGGUCGAGGUGGUCCGGCUGGUCGUGCAGUAUCAGAAGCCCGCGAUCCAGCCGGAUCCCGGUCAGAUGCACGCGACCGCUACCGGUGCGUCCCAAACGAAGCCCCAGGUGCCAAAGCUGCCGACUACCAAGCCGAUCGACGAGCAGGACGUGGCGCUGCAGAAAGAGUCGCCACCGCCCCCGAUCCGCAUCACGCUCGCCUCGCUCGAGGAGUACAAUCACCUACUGCAGAACGGGCUGGACUUUUACGGGGCGACCUUCUUCCCUACCGAGGCCCAGCUACCACCGCACGCGGCCAAGAUUGCCACCAAACGGGGCACGCGUAUGAUCGACGGUAGCAUUCCUGGGCGUGUGCGCGAGCUGCUGCCCGUGUUUGACGCGGCGGGAUUUAGCAAAAUUCCGCCCCCGGCUUCGAAAACAAUUAAACCGCGCCCAUAAACCGUAGUCCCUCCCCCGCGCCCGCAAGACCCACAGCCAGUCCAGGCCCCAGCGUGACCGAGAAAAAUCAUCAUCAUCGUCAUCAUCGUCAUCAUCAUUAUCAUCCAUCUUCUGCUUCCCACCAUCCUAUCGUUCAUCUUAUUUGCGAACGCAUCUUGUCGCGCAGACCAACAAUGCACGCAUUGCUUCCGCCUGGUGUGCACCGCUCCUCCCCGCGCCAAGAAUCCCCAAUCAACCCCGCACCACACACGCUCGCUGCUCGUUGGGGGCGCGCAACCAUACGUGACCGUGGGAUGGUUCCGCUACGCGUGAUUAGUUCGCCCGCCGAUCGGGAAAAAUGGCCCGCGGAUCCACCGCCAUAAAUCUGUCCGAAAUCAUCUGCCCAAUCUCCAAAGCGCGCCACUGCGGUGUGCAACCGACCGUGCUCAUCUAAUCACUGUUUGUUUUUCUCCCGUGUCGCGCAACUGCGUCUGGCGAAUUUAAAUCCCGUAACACACACACACACACACACACAUCACACACAAACACAUACACCUACGACAUAUUGAUCCGCCUAGCACACAUUUAAGCGUAUUAGCAAACAAAACAAUCGCUUUUGUUCCUAUUAUGUAUGAAGCUGCUAGCAGCCUUCCGGUGCCUCGCGGCAGUUGAUGUCAAGCGCAUGGAUUCGUCUGAUCUGAUUCCACAUCCGUUUUUUUAUAUUUUAUCAUAGUGUUUUUUGUUUCCUUCCUCCCUCGAGCGGCUGUUCGUUGGAAGGGAGCAGGAGAGAGAAAAAAACAAAGGUUUCCAAUAAAAUUUUCCAUCUUUCGUCACAGCACAAA